AUGGCGGUGUUCUGGUCGUGGAACAAUCUCGGCCCGCUACGCUGGUCGUAUGUUGCUAAGCCGUGUUUGGCGGGAACCGCCAACUCGCCUACUUUCCGGACGUGUCGUACCGAUGGUGACCUUGGGGACGAGUCACUCUCUGCACAUCUGGGCGGGCGCGUCCUGACACUGCGGCUGGAGGAAUCUACAAAUCAAAUGAAGUAUGUGGUGCGUUCCCGGACCAUUAUCGACCGCCCCUUCCAAAACCGAUUGGAUCGUCCACCAAGGGCGAGCUUUCUUGUGCUUUUGUAUGACCAAACCUUGAUUACGGGUUCGAAAACUUAG